GCACAGUGAAAAGCCGAAACCGAUUAUGCAAUACUCCGGCCCUUCCUUUCUAAUCGCUCAUGUCAACCUGUCCCUUUUCGUAAGUAACCGAUCCGGCUCUCUUGCUGUUCCUCCCAUCCGGUGUCCCUUUAUAUACCACACAAUCCAUCCACUAUGAAUACCCCACUAAGCCGUCUCCGCUUCAGGCUUUCUCUCUUACUCUCUAGACAACAAUGGUCUCCUCCUCCCCAAUCCACAAGGCAAGCCUCGUAGACCCUGCUCUCCAUUCACCUGCUCUCUUGGAGCUCCUCGAAAUAAAGCUAUCACGACCUGUUAUCGAAUAUGUCGUCGAUUGUGUAGUAGACACAGUAAAUUAUGCAAUGGGUCGCCCAUCAUCAUCAUCUCGUCGUGGCCGCAGCGUGUCUCGCCGCCCAGAGCACACCAAAUUCACUACAUUUGUCUCCAACGUUCUCACUAGAGCAGAAGUCACACUUCCUACACUUCUCGUCUCCCUCGUUUACAUCAAUCGCGCCAAACCUCACUUGCAAAUCGCUCUAGAGGAGUGGGCGUGCGAGCGAGUCUUUCUCGGCGCCGUAAUGAUCGCUAGCAAAUUUUCAAACGAUUCCACACUCAAAAACGUUCACUGGGCUCUUUGCACCGGUGUAUUCGGCAAACGUGAUGUCGGCCGAAUUGAACGAGAAUUUCUCGACGUGCUUGAUUUUGAUCUGUCAGUUACCGAAGAUGACAUUCUUAGCCACCACGAUGGCUUGUCUGCAGUCGCACUUCCUUCCCACGACUUUCGCAGAAUCGCAGACUCGUCUCCAUCCCACGCGCACUCCCAAUACCACCGUUCGCACCACGUUCAUUGCCCAGAUCUGGACCCAUCUAGCUCCCACUCGUCAUCUUCUGGGAGCUCUCCUCAGCCACUCACUCCUGAGGCUGUACCAAACUCUUCAUUCAAUCCUGCUGUCAACUCGCAUCAUGAUGCUAUGGAGCUUGUGAUUCCCCCUCCACCACCGCCCAAGAAGUCGUAUCACCCUUCAUCCACACUAGACUUGCUACGAGCAUUCCCUCUUCCCGUACCUCAUUCGAAUUCACGUUCACAACUUCCCACUUCAAACAAGCCUCACAAUCGUUAUUCGCAUUUUCCUUUUAAGAAUCCAGCGAUGCAAGUCGCUGCAUAGAUAUCCUUCUCCAAACAAACGUGAUAUCCGUUCGAAAUUCUUUGUAACCUUAUUAUGUGGUGUCGCUAUAUUUUCAAGACUAAUUCCACAUCAGCCUCGUGCUCAAAAGCUUAUCGUCAUACUUACUAUCGUCAAUACUAUGAUCAUCAUCAUCAUUUAUCUUACUCCAAACCGCAUGUUCAUCAGAUCUGACAUGACCCAUCACCGUGAAUUUACCACGUUGCGAUUGAAUAGUAUUGGGUAGGCAUGAUGCAAAUUAUACUAA